AUAUUUUUUACAUCUACACCGUUUUGUACCGGAAAUGAAUAAAUAAUAAGAAAAUAUAUUCAAUAAUUAUUAAAUUUUAAGCAAAAAUCAUGGAUUAUGAGCCAAAAGGGCCGACGAAAAGUAUGGGUGUAUCAGCCUAUCCGGUUUACGGCAUUGUAUACUCUAUUGGAGUCCUAGCUAUCACUAUUAUUGCUGGCUAUUAUCUUUUGACAAACCAAGGUGGAAGAUUUGACAUAGGAUGGUUACUGAUGAGUAUAUCACCAUAUAUGUGGGCGUGUACUGGUGUUGGAUUGUCUAUCUCAUUAUCGGUAGUCGGCGCAGCCUGGGGAAUUUUCACAACAGGUUCUAGCAUUAUAGGAGGUGGUAUAAAAGCUCCAAGAAUAAAAACCAAAAACUUAAUCAGCAUCAUCUUCUGUGAGGCUGUAGCCAUCUAUGGUAUCAUAAUGGCUAUCGUCAUUACAAACAAUAUUGGGGGUUAUGACGAAACAAUAGAUAAGCCUGAGGUUAUAAGAGAUGCAUAUUAUGCUGGUUAUAAGAUGUUUGCAGCUGGUCUGACGGUCGGUGUUUGCAACAUCGCAUGUGGUAUAUGUGUAGGAAUUGUCGGUUCCGGAGCCGCACUUGCUGAUGCACAAAGCGCAAGUCUCUUCGUAAAAAUUUUGAUCAUUGAAAUUUUUGGCAGUGCUAUUGGACUCUUCGGAGUUAUUGUAUCAAUUUUACAGAUUGCCAAUGCCAAGUUGGGUUCAGACUAGUCACUUUACAGAGAACUACAGCCACAAUUUGCAUGAGACAUUCCAUAACACAGGAAGAACAACACUAACUACUUUGAUAAAUAUCAACACCCCACCCAUCUAUAUUGUAGCUAUUAGAUAUUCAUGGCUUGAUAAAAACUAUAUGAGCCUUGCCAUGACAAAACCAACAUAGUGCGUUUGCGACCAGCAUGGAUCCAGACCAGCCUGCGCAUCCGCGCAGUCUGAUCAGGAACCAUGCUGUUCGCUAUCAGUUUCCCUACUUUUAAUAGGGUCUGUAAGCGAACAGCAUGGAUCCUGAUCAGACUGCGCGGAUGCGCAGUCUGGUCUGGAUCCAUGCUGGUCGCAAACCCAUUAUGUUGGUUUUGUCAUGACACAUCUCAUAUAUCCAUCAUUUUCUAAAAAUGACAAGUAGAUUGUGAAUGCAAAGAAAAUCAACAGUGUAUGAUCAAAGGAUAUGAUCACACCCAACCUUUUUGCAACUUAUUUGUAAUAUGUGAAAACAAUUUUGGAUUUAAUGAAAAGUAACAAGACCCCUAUUUCCUUGCAGUACUUCCCUCAGUGUUGUUAAAGUACACAUGCAUAUCUUAAGUUUGAAUACUGUAUUGUAGAUGUAGAAAAAAAAUAAUUGUAAAGAAAAUUUAUAUUCAGAUAUCAUUAGUAGUAGGUCAUUUAAAAGAUAUACCAGUAUCAUUUAUUUGUGAAAUCCAGCGAGAAAAUAGAAUUAAUCACUGCGGCCUUCUGCGUGGUAUGUGACAUCAUUUUAAACUGUUGCAAAAAGUAUGGUUUGUAAAUUACACUGUCUCCCAUUUAAAAAUAGCAAGAAAUGAUAUAAUUGUAUCAUUUUUAUCGGUCUGAAUCGAGGUAUAUAUUCUUUAGUGCAAUAGGUUGAAAUGAUGUCGCACAUCACAUGGUAUGGCCAAACUGUUAAAGAUGUAGAUUUUCUGUUAAUAGAUUUUCUGUUGAAUGAAAAUGGGAGCACAAGUUUGUUAUCUUCAUAUUUAAAUGUGUCAAGUUUGAUCUAGUCUUAAAAAAAGAUAAAAAAAAAAAAAUAACAAUGAAUAAAAUAUUUACUUGUGUUGUAACUUUAAUGAAAUGUGAGGUAGUCUAUUCAUUUGUCUGUCUGUCUGUCUAUUAUAUAGUCAAGAAACUCAUAAGUAGGGUAGAAACAGUCCUUUAUACCUGUACAUGUUAGUGUUCAUUCACGCUAUUCUACAAAAAUUAUAAACUUUGACAGAAGCGAUAGCGAUCAGAGACUGUUUCUAAUUUCUGUAGAACAGCUAAGGAUGAAUACUAACACACAUCAUAAGUUGCCAGUUUUAUUUGGCUUCAGUAAUAUUUACUUCAUUACGUCACGCCUAUUUUUACGUACUCGGUUCUAUGAGACACUAUUAAAAAUAGAAGGCGACUAUGAACAGAAUUUGAAACAGUUUCAACUUUUGUUCUUCUAUGAAAAUUGACACACAGAAUAUUUACUAAAUACAGUGUUUUUAUUGGAUGAAUAAUAAAGCUAGACACUAAAUAAAAGAUAAAUAAAUAUGAUCAUGGAAAUAUAUACAAUAGCUAUAUGGCAUAAAUUAUUUGCUAAAUGUUUUAUAAUUUAGUAUUAUAAUUUAUAAAUAUUUUAUUACAAUGUUAAUGUGUCCAUUUAUUUCAAGUCAAAAACAAUGGAAACUUAAGCCUAAAAUUUGCUAUCAAAGUAGGACACAAAAAUUUUAAACACUUUAAUUUCCUUCUGUUUAGUUAAUCACAGGUAUUUUACACAGAUUGUAAAAAUGUCUGCCCGCUUUAACUAUGACGUAACUCCCUGUUUUUAUUAUUAUUGCUAUUUAUUAACCAAUGAAAGACAUUAACCAAUUGAAGCCUAAUAUAGAUAAUAAAGUAAUAAAUUGCAAUUUCAAGGUAUAGAUUGGCUUAAACAAUUUUAUGAGCAGGAAAAUUUAGUUGAAAUAUUUACCAGUUCCAUAUCAACCAUAUCAAUUUUUAAUUGUUGAUAAAUUUCCCGCAUUUUUUGUUCAAUUAUGAAAUGAUUUCCUGUAAGAUAUAUUUAUGUUUUAGGAAGAAAAAUAUCUACAUGUAUGAUGUAGAGAAAUAAACUGUUUAAUGUGGAAAUUAAAUAUCUGCUUUAAAAUAGAAUUUCUGAAUUUGAAUAACUGAAUUGCUAAAAAAAAAUGAAGACGUCAUCAUCAUUACAUGUAAUAAAAACAGAAAAUGGAAAAUUUCAGCAUGCAUUAUGAAAUGUUAAUUUUUAUUACAUGUAUAAAUAAAUAUUCUAGAUUUGUUUGCUUAACAAACAUGCAUAUAAAAGACCAUACACAUCAGCAAAUACUGUUAUAUGAGCCGCGUCACGACAAAACCAACAUAAUGGGUUUGCGACCAGCAUGGAUCCAGACCAGCCUGCGCAUCCGCGCAGUCUGAUCAGAAUCCAUGCUGUUCGCUUUCAGUUUCUCUACUUGUUAUAGGGUUUGUAAGCGAACAGCAUGGAUCCUGAUCAGACUGCGCGGAUGCGCAGGCUGGUCUGGAUCCAUGCUGGUCACAAACCCAUUAUGUUGGUUUUGUCAUGACGCGGCUCAUAUAUUUUAUUGGCAUUUGGCUUAGAUUUAUAUCUGUUAUGGGAUAUCUCAUUGAAAGAAAGAAUGUUAUUUGGAUGAUAGGCUAGAAAACUUGUUUGUUUAGGUAUAUAUACACCUACAUGUAGAAAAUGUUCUGUAUAAAAUUGUAUGUAAAUAAAGAAAUUUGUUUUUAUUGUGAUAAAUAAAGAUAAUAUAUGAAAGA